GUCGGGGGCGGGGAAGGGGGGGCGUUCGAGCUUGCAGCCGGUCGAAGUGCGCAGAUCUGCCGCCGCCGCCGCCGCCGCUUGUCAUCCCCGCGGUCCCGGAGGGCCCAGCCGGUGCCAGCGCCGCGGAAGCUGCAGGUUGUCAGUGGACCCUGAUGAAUGUCGCAGGCAGGACUGGACGGUCCCCGUGGGCGCAGAGGGCAGAAGAGGAGGGAGAGACGGACACGUCUUCGUCCGUGCCUCAUCUGGUCACCAUGAAGCUUCACCAAGCCCCACAGAGCCUCCUGUUAACGCUGCUGUGCUUCCUGGGCGUUGCUUCCGGAGCAAGUGGCUCGUCUCUCGGGCCACCAGCCAUCACUGCCGCCUCCUUCCUCGAAGACCUCAUGCAUCGCUAUGGUGAAGCAGACACCCUCACCCUGCAGCAGCUGAAGGCCCUGCUCAACCGCCUCGACGUGGGAGUCGGACGGGACAACAUCACCCAGCCAGAGCUGGAACAGAGGAAUCUUUCCAGGUGUUUUAGCUCUGCAGACCUCUUUGCUGCCCACAAUUUCAGUGACCAGUCGAGGCUUGGCAGGUCUGAGUUCCAGGAAUUCUGUCCCACAAUCCUGCAGCAGCUGGACUCUCGAGCCUGCACCUUGGAGAACCAGGAGAACGAGGAGGACGAGCAGACGGAGGAAGGGAAACCAAGUGCAGUAGAAGUGUGGGGUUACGGUCUCCUCUGUGUGACCGUCAUUUCCCUCUGCUCCCUCGUCGGGGCCAGUGUGGUGCCUUUCAUGAAGAAGACUUUUUACAAGAGGCUGCUGCUCUACUUCAUAGCUCUGGCGAUUGGAACCCUCUACUCCAAUGCCCUCUUCCAGCUCAUCCCUGAGGCUUUUGGAUUCAACCCACUAGAAGAUUAUUAUGUCUCAAAAUCAGCAGUGGUAUUUGGAGGCUUUUACCUCUUCUUCUUCACAGAGAAGAUUUUGAAAAUGCUUCUCAAACAGAAAGACGAGCAUCACCAUGGGCAUAGCCAUUACGUUUCUGAGACUGUCCCUUCUAAGAAGGACCAGGAAGAGGGAGUGACUGAGAAGUUGCAGAACGGAGACCUGGAUCACAUGAUACCACAGCACCUGAAUAGGGAUCUGGAAAGCAAGGCCCCAGGGAUGGAUGAGAAGGUCAUUGUAGGCUCUCUGUCUGUCCAGGACCUGCAGGCAUCCCAGAGUGCAUGUUACUGGAUAAAAGGUGUCCACUACUCUGACAUUGGCACGUUGGCCUGGAUGAUCACCCUGAGUGAUGGCCUCCACAACUUCAUUGAUGGCUUAGCCAUUGGCGCCUCAUUCACCGUGUCUGUUUUCCAAGGCAUCAGCACCUCAGUGGCCAUUCUCUGUGAGGAGUUUCCACAUGAGUUGGGAGACUUUGUCAUUCUGCUGAAUGCUGGAAUGAGUAUCCAACAGGCUAUAUUCUUCAACUUCCUCUCUGCCUGCUGCUGCUACCUGGGUUUGGCCUUCGGGAUUUUGGCUGGCAGUCACUUUUCUGCCAAUUGGAUCUUUGCUCUGGCUGGGGGAAUGUUCCUCUAUAUUGCCCUGGCUGAUAUGUUCCCAGAGAUGAAUGAAGUUUGUCGCGAAGAUGAAAGGAGCGGCAGCAUCCUAAUUCCCUUUGUCAUCCAGAAUCUUGGCCUGCUCACAGGCUUUACCAUCAUGCUAGUUCUCACUAUCUACUCAGGGCAAAUCCAAAUAGGAUAGUGCCAUGCCAUCAAUAGUGAGGCUGGCAGUGAAACACACUGGGGUACCCUGUCAACAGGUAGCACUGGCUUGAGGACUUAAUUUCAACAAAGCACAACAGAAGAGGCGUUUCUGUUAAAGGCUAUUCUGUGGACUGCAUUCCCUCAUCUAAAUGUCAGCUGUCUUAAAAAUACUGAAUCCUAGAAUAAACUGCCCUAGUAACUGGUUGCUAGGUAGUGCUUCCCACCCCUCUGCCUGCUCUCUUUUCCCAAAGUGACUCUGGACGCUGAAAAUAACAUGGAAGACAGACGACCCAGCUUCUCUCUUUGACCACUUUCUGGUAUUUCUCUGUGGACAAGCCCUGCUGGCAGUGGUACCAUCAAACUCCAGAACCUGUUUCCUUUCUGAUUCAGCACAUAUCCCAGACUCUAGAACACAGAACUGUAACUAGUUGUCAUUACUUGAUAUUAGGAGAUGCAUUUGGACCUGACCAUGUCCCCUUUUGAGAAAAGUUCACCUCACAUGUAGAGAAAAGAUCCAUCUCAUCCCUUCAGAGUUUCUUUAGUUGCCUCAUGCUUUUCAAAGGGAAUGGGGCUAAGGAUGUUUUAUGAGAAGGAUCUAUUGAAUGGGGAGAAUGAAGGCAAAAAUGAGAAGAAAGACAAAGCCAUGUUUCUUCUGCAUUGAUGACAGCCUCUCCUUCCUGAGGGACUGUUAUGUGUUGAGUUCCCACAGGCAUCCCCAGCAUGUCGUGACUUUUCCUCUCUUCCAAACUAGUUAAACAAUAGACAUGACUACUGCUGUUUUAGCCUCCUCUUUCCUCCAGAGUAACACUGAGAAUGGAGGAAAGGGAUUCCUGCUGCUUCCAGGAUGCUCUUCUCACCUUUUUAGAAGCAUCUCCCUGGAGUAUUCAGGGUGCUCUAGAGAGGAGAUUGUACACAUCUCCCCAAGUCGACCUCUAUCAUAGAGGCAAGUCGAGGGGGAGACGGAUGGAAGAAGAGUGGAGCUGGCCAAGAUUCAGAAUGUGCUAAGGGGAAAACAGUGCUGUGACUGGACAUGGUGCAGUGUGAGGUCAGAAGACCUUGGUUUGAGCAGCGUAGAGGACUUAAUGAUUGCACUGUGAAUUAGCUUACAAUGCCACUGCCUAUUGUAAUGCUUUCCAAGAAAAACAAAAUAGAGAUAGUAGUGGGAUUGGUCCUUGAUAAUACCAACUUUCUAAAGAAGAUGGAUAUGCCUGUUGAAGCUAGAGCCCAGCCCUAGGGAGUGAUAGUGUGGUCAGAACUUUGGCUUCAAGGGAUAGCUGUUCCCCAAGUUCACUAGGUGAAUUGAUUUAUUAUUAUCAUAUUGAUAAUGUCUAAUUCUUCAGCCACUUGGGCAGUGAAGACCCCUGGAAGCCAUUUAGGCAAUGCCUCACUGUUGCAACCCAGGGGCUGUCUUGACUAAUACUCAUUUACUUAAUUGGGAAGGUUGGUAAUUUACUGCUAGCAUCUAUGAAGUUUUUCUUUUCUUCUCAUGUCUGCAAGUGAGCAUAGGGCUGAUCUGUAAGAAAAGGUACUGCAACACCCUCCAUCAUGUACUAAUUAAAAACAGCAUCUUUUUUUUGGGGGGGGGGAGGGCAGUCCUCUGGAAAACUUUCCUCCUGCCACUAUCCUGUAGGAAAAAAAGUGAGGGAAUUGCUGCCGGUUCACUCACUGACAAGAGUUUUCCUCUUUAUUUUGCUUGUUGGCUUACAUAGGCUGAGGGGCUAAGUGAAGAGAACUUUUGGCAUUAAGGAUUGUGGGAUGUACAACUUUCAUCAGAAUUAAGGUCCACUUCUACCAAAGAGCUGUUUCCUUGGAUUUUGGAACCUUUCUCAUUUUAAAUCAACCCUUUUGCUUCUUUUUUCCCCCAGAAAUGCUUUCAGAGCUGGAGAAACUGAAUCUAUAGAUCAUUCUCCUGUACAGGAGAACCAGCAGAAAACCUUUAUUUUUCUUAAUUCACAUUUAUAUUAAAAUGUAUAAAGUCUCUUCUAAAGGAUUCUGUCUUUCCAAAAUAAUAUCAAACUCUUGGCCUUAGAAGAGAAUCAUUUUAGGGUCAAUGGCUUCCUGAUAUAGGAGAGUUAGUUGUUUGGUGGUAUAAAAAUUAUUUGAAAUUACUUAAAAAUCUGAAACAUUUUAAAAUAUGGCAUUUUAUUCUUUCUUGCAUACAUAGUAACUUAAGAACUUUCUUUCCCUUCUCCCAUAGCUGCCCCAAGGAAGUUCACAUUACAAUGCAAAAUGGUGAAGAGGUCAGUUAUAGCAAAGGGAAGGAACUCCAUCCAAUAUUAUUGCUAUAGAUUGAAAGCUGCCAUUAGUAACAGAGAUGCCUCAUAGGCUGAAAAUAUGGUGGUUAUGUAUAGGUGGAAAACUCAAUGACAUUUUAAUAAGCAUUCCCCCCCCCAGUUUUAACUGUUGAAUGUACAGUUUUAGAGCGAUUUGAUAUAUAGAUGUCUACAGAUUAUACUAUAUCUCUACUAUCUGCACCCCCACUUUUACUGCCUUUGUGGGCUAGCUCUAUUUUACUCUCUGAAAUAGGGGAGGAUUGAGAUGGGGGAAGAGGAGAAAAAGUGGUAGAAGUUUAGUGCAUCAUCCCCAGGGAAGGAGAGAACACAAAGGUAGGUUAUGAUACUAUUCCCUACCACUUUUGGGGGAGGCAGCCUUCCUUUCUGUUCCUAGACCACAGGGUUAUUCUCAGCCUUUGCAGAGUUAGGAGCUGGGUUGAGGUGAAAACGUUUGGAGAAGUUACCACUUGAAUGCCCAGUGUUGGCACAUUCUUCAACCUUUAUUGGACCUUCAUCCUGAGUUUGUAAGAAGCCCUUCAGUCGGCUUUCCCAGUGGUCUGUUCUUAAAUGAGCCAUCUGCUCACACAGUGGUCUCAAGAUUAUUUGAAGAGGUGCUCUAUUAUUUCAUUUAGCAGUACACAUUGCAUUGAGAGUAUGCAAAAGGGGAAAUCAAUUGAAUUGAGUUUUUAUCGUUCAUUUCUUUUUGCAGUUCUACAAUUCCAUCACAGUGUUCUUUUAAAAAAAAACUCAGGUGUUAUAAGAAAAAAAACAAAACCCAAAAAUGUACUGUCAUGUGGACUGUAACCAUUUUAUUUGUAAGAUUCUAUAAAUAAAUUUAUAUUCUGUAAUGACUGAGAA